UUAGUCUGAUUUCCUAGUGACUGUUAUCCCGUGACAGCAAAGAAGAUGAAGCCUAGAAAGGAGGGGAGGAGAACCACUUCAUCUGCCACCAGAAGUCGGACCGUCGAUUCGGUUGGGCUCGAGCCAAGGUCGUCAGGGUCUCGCUCGCCUAGAGUGUCUCGGACUGCAUCUCUUGUCGAUCGUGAGUUGAUUAUCGAAGAAGAUAUUGUGGGAUUUGAAGGACUCCAUAUCUCGCCCGACGACGCCAACCCUAGGAGCUUUCCUUACAGUGUAAAGCAGCAGUGCUGGGAGAAGGCAGAGAAGAUCAAAGGACGAGACCCGGAUCGGUGGAGACGCGACGCGCUCGGCAACAUCGUGUUUCGGAAGCUCGUUGGUUGCCCAGGUUGUCUCUGUCACGAUUACGAUCACAUUAUGCCCUACUCCAAGGGUGGCAAGAGCACAUUAGAGAAUUGCCAGGUUUUACAGGCCGUGACAUGGAUCUUCUGGAAUUAUCGGCCUAUGGUAAUGUUCAUCGUGAGCAAGAUUCGGGGGGUUGUAGCAUCCAAUAACCAAGGACAGACAGCAUCUUGGUUUCCGAAUGAAGUGAGGUUAAAGUGGACACGAGUAGAAAUGGACAACCCUUAUGAAGUUCUCAGGAUGAACAAUACUCUGGUGGUUUUGUCUGUGUCCAACCACAAAAAUCUUUGUUCAGAAUUCAGAUGCCAAAUGAGAAUCAUUGACAGAGCUGGAUAGGCUUUUGUUUGAUGCAAGAGAAGAAUUUGGUUAAUACUUGGAUCAAAUUAAAGAAAGUUUUUAGUGCUUAGGAGAUACUAGUAAGCCCAAUAAGGUUUGGGUUUAAUUGCCUCAAAUCAUACUGCACUAUACUUUUUUUUCUAUAAAGAAAGCAUUACAUGAUGCUGCACAUAUGCAAGGAUAUCGUUUAUUGAUCUGGUGAUCAUAACCAUUGGUUUUAUUGUUUUC